GCCACGAGCCAGACGAGAGGCGGCCGCGAUGCAAGAGGCGAGUAGCCAACCAACACCUGCCUCCUUCCUUCGCAGCAUCAUCAUCAGCUCAUCGUAGCACAGCAUCGCAGUCAUGUCACUGCGCCCAGGCAAGGGCAAGGAGUCCCUCAAAGGCAACGACGAGCAAAGCAGCAGCAGCAGCAGCAGCGGUAGCGAGUGGGCGGCGCGAACAGCAGCCCUGCCUCAGGAGGACCGCAUCUACGUCGACAAUUCAAACCUCUCGGAGCUCAAGUCUACCUGUGAUGAUGCAGUCGAGAGGAUCCUAACCCGACAAGCCAACUCCCUAGCCCCAGCCCCGACCCCCUCUCCCGUGCCAGGCGCUUCACCCACAAGUUCCACCACAAACUUACACGAUGACGCUGCUAGUGGGGACUCAUACCUCGACGGCAGCUCAGAUGGAGCUGCGGCCUUCCCACCCUUCAAGGCUUCUCACCUGCACGCCGACUUGCGACUUGCAUUGGGAUAUCUGGCCUCAACGAUCAUCAUUGCCGUCUCGGCUUGGUCGUACCUUGUCGAGAAGGAUUGGCAGAAGAACAAGGGCUGGACAGCUGUGGCUGUCGUCGCAUACAUAGCCCUCUCCUCCUUGCAAGCCCUAGACGCCUAUCUCCAAGGCGAUCGCAUCUUCACCGGUCGCCGCAAGCUCCUCUCGCAUCGCAUCGAAACCGAGUCCCUGAUCAUCUCCUCCCCUGCCCUCCCCAAGCCGACACUAUCGUCCAACGUCGACUCGACGACGGGAAAGCAUUGGAUUAUCCCGCCCACGUACUCGUUGGACUUCCAGUAUGCGCGGAGGAGCAAUGGUGGAAAGAGCUUGCUCAGACGGGUGGAGGACAGGGUGACUCUGGGACAUUUGGGCGAGUGGUUCACUGGGGAAGGGGAAUUCGUUGAGGCUGUCUUUGAAGAGAGAUUGGUAGGGAUGCUGCAGAAGGCGUGGGGAUUGGAGGAGGGCGAAGGGGCGGAGCGGUGAACAAGUCAUUGAGGGGGAUUCGAGAGUGGUCAAUUGCCAUGUCACCAUCAAGACUCGCAGCGCCUGUGGGCUAUCGUGUAUGCAGGCGCGGUCCGCUCGUGCGUGAAGAGGUCGAUAUUGCAGUCUCGCC